AUGGGGCCAUUUCCGAUGUCUCAUGGGAACCUUUUCAUUUUGGUUUGUGUAGACUACGUGUCAAAGUGGGUUGAAGCGGAGGCUUUACCUACGAAUGAUGCUAAGGUGGUCAUACGGUUUCUAAAGCAUCUUAGAAUCCUAGAGAAAACAGUGAAUGGGUCAAGGAAGGAUUGGUCUUUAAAGCUGGAUGAUUCAUUGUGGGCAUAUAGAACGGCCUACAAGACUCCACUUGGUAUGUCACCCUUUCGAAUCGUCUAUAGGAAGGCAUGUCACCUUCCUUUGGAGUUGGAGCACAAGGCCUAUUGGGUGAUUAAGAAGCUCAAUUACGAUUUUAAAAUGGCGGGUGAAAAGCGACUUCUUCAACUUAAUGAAUUGGAUGAGAUCCGGUUCAUGGCCUACGAGAAUACUAAGAUAUACAAGGAGAAAACAAAGAAGUGGCAUGAUGCACAUAUCACCCCUAAGGUUUUGAAAGCGGGGUCCUUUGUGUUGCUAUACAACUCGAGAUUUAAGUUGGUUCCGGGCAAGUUGAAGUCCCGAUGGAGUCGGCCAUUUAAAAUUAAAAAUGUGGUAAGUCAUGGAGCGGUGGAAUUGGAGAAUUCUCAAGGCGAGACCUUUAAGGUCAAUGGGCAUCGAUGCAAGCCGUAUCUCGGGCCUUUGACCAACCGAGUGGAAGAUGAGAUAUUUUUCAUAACUCCUACUUGA